AUGCCUACCGUCGCUCCUAACGGACUCAUCGUUGUUACUGGUAUUACCGGCUACGUCGCCAGCCAUGUUGGCUUGGAGGCUCUGAAAGCCGGCUACCGCGUCCGUGGUACCGUCCGCUCCCUCGGACGGACUGAGGAAGUCAAGCAGGCAUACGCCAAGCAGGGAGCCGACGUGAGCAAGCUCGAGUUCGCCGAACUCGACGACCUCACGAGCGAGGCCCAAUUCGCCAAAGUUAUCAAGGGUGCGGAGGGAGUCGCGCAUGUAGCGAUCCCGGGCAGCGUACCCGGGGAUUCUGACGAGAAUCCCAAGCAGGCCGUGGAAUCCACGCUUGCGCUGUUACGCGCUGCUGCAAAGGAGCCUUCGAUCAAGAGGGUCGUGCUCACUUCCAGCUCUGUUGCGGUAAUCUCGCCGCCCAACUUCAAGGAAGAGCCGUUGACGGACAAGGAUUGGAAUGACUUUGGCCAGCAGAAGUGGGAUAAUGCCACGGAGGAAGACAAGAAGAAGCCUGAUUGGCCCAUGUGGAGGUAUGCGGCAUCAAAGAUACUAUCAGAGAAAGCUGCUUGGAAGUGGGUGGAGGAAAAUAAGCCUUCAUUCGACAUUGUAACAAUCCUACCGAACGCAAACUUCGGCCCGGUCCUGUUUGGCAGCCCUCGAUCGACGGUUGGUUGGAUUUGGACGAUACUGAAUGGUGACGGAACAUGGACACAACAGGUCCCUCCGCAAUGGUUCAUUGAUGUUCGCGACGACGGUCGAUUGCAUGUACUCGCCUUGACUGAUCCCUCGCUUGCUGGCAAGCGCAUCUGGGCCGCAGCCGAGCCAUACGGGUGGAACAAGAUUAUCCACAUCCUACGCAAGGAGUUCCCGAAGGCGCAGCUGCCGCCAGAAGUUCCUGGGGCGCAGGGCGAGCCAGAUCGUCAGAAGAUCGACAACUCGGUGGCGACGAAAGCUCUCGGUGGAUGGAUAAGCUUGGAGAAGUCGCUAGUAGACACUGCUAAGUCGCUUGGAUUCUGA